AUGACGCUUCGUCCUUCCACUCCUCCACAGCGUGUCCCGCUGCCUUCUCCUCCUGCGUCCUCUCUUCCUGCCCUUGCUGACCCGGAGUCUGACUCUUUUCGUGCUGCUAGUCCUACUGUCACGCGUCUCCUAGCCACUGCUGUCACUGACCCUUCCUUUGAGUCAGCUGCUGCGUCUGCCUUAGUUGCUGAGCUUGUCGACUUUGCUGCUCACUGUCGUCUAGACUACGCUGCGAGUCUUGUUGCUGAGUCUGAGUCUGAGUCUGUCUGUCCUCCGUCCGUUGGGGGUGAGUGUGCUCUUGGCACGGACGUCCUUGAGGACAGGCAGGAGGAGUUUGAGUGCUUUGCCGCCGCUGUACCUCAUCUCGUGUCCAUGCUGAUUGCACCUGAGGGAGACCCAGAUGCACCAGACAUCCCGGCCCCGCGCUCUUACGCUGAGGCGAUCGCGGGUGAGUACUCCUCUCAGUGGCAGUCAGCCAUGGACGCAGAGAUGGCAUCCUGGAAGUCCACUGGCACUUACGUCGACGAGGUUCCCCCUCCUGGGGCGAACAUCGUCAGUGGCAUGUGGAUUUUCAGGGUGAAGCGGCCGCCAGGUUCUCCGCCUGUCUUCAAGGCUCGUUACGUUGCUCGAGGCUUCAGUCAGCGAGAGGGAGUAGACUUCUUUCAGACCUUCUCCCCCACCUCGAAGAUGACCACUCUUCGGGUGCUACUGCACGUUGCCGCUCAGCGUGACUACGAGCUUCACUCUCUUGACUUCAGCACAGCUUUCUUGCAGGGCAGCCUGCACGAGGAGAUCUGGCUGCGCCGCCCUCCUGGCUUCACAAGGUCGUUUCCUCCUGGUACCCAGUGGAGCCUCCGGCGGCCGGUCUACGGUCUCCGCCAGGCGCCACGUGAGUGGCACGACACACUGAGGACUACACUUGCGGCUCUUGGGUUCGCGCCUUCUACUGCUGACCCGUCGCUGUUUCUGCGCACCGACACUUCGCUGCCGCCGUUCUACAUCCUCGUGUACGUCGACGACUUGGUCUUUGCCACUGCUGACACUGAGCCUCUCGCCCACGUGAAGUCGGAGCUGCAAAAGAGACACACGUGCACAGACCUGGGUGAACUGCGCAGCUACCUUGGCUUGCAGAUCACCCGGGACAGAGCACGCCGCACCAUCACACUGACUCAGUCACACAUGGUGCAGCAGGUCCUUCAGCGCUUCGGCUUCACCUGGUCCUCGGCACAGGCCACUCCUCUGGCUACAGGUCACUCGCUCUCAGCUCCACCUUCGGACGAGUCCGUAGAGCCGAGUGGUCCUUACCCAGAGCUAGUUGGCUGCCUCAUGUACCUGAUGACUUGCACUCGUCCUGACCUCGCGUACCCUCUUGGCCUUCUGGCUCGCUACGUGGCUCCUUGUCGGCACCGAAAGGUGCACAUGGAUGCUGCUAAGAGGGUACUGCGCUACUUGUGCAGUACAUCAGGCAUGGGGCUCGUGCUUGGAGGGAGGAGCUCAGUUGUUCUCACUGGGCACUCAGACGCUUCUUGGGUUGACGACCAGGCUACUCAGCGGUCGUUACAGGGUUACACCUUCAGCCUUGGCUCUGGUUCAGUUUCUUGGCGUUCUACACGCUCGUCUUCAGUUCUCAGCUCCAGUUGUGAGGCUGAGAUCUACGCGACACCCAUGGCUGCACAGGAGUUACGCUGGCUCACCUACCUGCUGACCGACUUGGGAGAGCCGCCUCGUUCUCCUCCAGUGCUGUACGUCGACAACAAGGCUGCCAUUGCCUUGUGUGAGGAGCACAGACUGGAGCACAGAACGAAGCACAUAGCUCUGCGGUACUUCCUGGCUCGAGAGUUGCAGCAGCGUGGUCAGCUUCGUCUGCGUUACGUGGCCACUCGGGCCAACACUGCUGAUAUAUUCACCAAGGCACUUCAGUCUGCUUGCUUUGCCCUUCUUGACUGGUCUUGUGACCCCUUGCUCUCCCCCACUUUGCCUAUGGGGGUGUUUCAAAUGUCAUAUCUGCUACAGUUUGUUUAG